AUGGGAGCGGCAGCAUCUGGUGCUCAAACGCAGAUGCAAACAGAGCAUGACCCGAACGCAGCAUUCCCGUGGUGGGUUCGUUUCCUGGCCAAAGGUCUCGGCAUUCUCGGCGGUUUCAUCGCAGUAUUCUUCGCUGUUCUCGGUCUAAUCUCUUUCUCGGCCACAUGCAUCAUUGCUGUUUUAUUGCAACUAAGUAAUCAUAAAAUUUACAGAAUGGGUGUGAUACCGAUAGUGAUGUGUGCCGAACUGAAUACGGUGCUGGGUGCAGGCAUGAUAUUCGCGUCAGGAACUGUGUACGGCUUUAUGGCACUCGGCAAAAAAGCUGAUCUGAGUGGUGCGGGUGCUGGCACUGACCCGGCGUGGAACGCUAACCUCACACAGCAAACACCACCAUCAUCGUUCGGCAAUCCGUCUAUGGCAUAA